CCCUGCUUCCACUCUCGUUUUUAUCGACUCCUCCCAAAGAAAAGAUUAAUGGCGUUUGAAUCCUCUUUAAGAAGAGGGAAUCCAACACCCUCGUCGUCCUCCACAUCGUCUAACUCUUCCAAAAGAGCUGCGGCAGCUCCUCCUCGGAGAUCCAGAAGCGUAAGUGCCUUCUCAAGAAUCUCUAAUUCCGACUUCUCCAUUAAAAGAGACAAUCCUCUCUUUGUCAACAACAACAGAAACAGCAACGACGACGAUGGCGAAGCUAGGUUCCGAAAUUCCGUCCUUGAAUCCGCCAGAAUCACUUCCAAAACGAAGCCCAAAGCUACUUCCGCUGAUGAUUAUAAUAAUAAGAGAGGCAGAUCUGUUUCCAGAUUUGGCUCCGAUGGAAAACACGGGUCGGGUUCGGGGAAUAGCAAGGAGUUGUCUCGGAGCUUGUCCGUUGUGGAUACAAGGGGACGUGGUCGCUCGGUCUCCCGUAAUCCUCCACUUUCAAGAACGCAUUUCACUACUUCUGAGAGUGAGGUGGAGCAGGAAGGUAAUUCCCUGAUGAAAUCCAAGAAUAAAGGUAAUUUAAUUGCCACAUUGGGGAAUGGUCGAAAGGGUAAUUUAGUUCAAAGCACGUCUAGUUUGUCACAGUCAGGCCAGCCGAAGCAUAUUGAUCCUUUGGAUUCUCCUACAAGUUUGUCUCGAUUAGAAUCCGCAAAAUGGAAUGAUUUGAUCUCAACGAUUUCUUUUUCAGAAGCAGAACUUGUGGAGUCACUCGAAGGGGAUAAUUUGGUGGGAGAUGCUCCUGCUGCUAGUGACAUAUACAGAACUGUUAAAUCCGAAGUGAGACGGGCUAUUUCCGACAUCCAAAAUGAGCUUCAAUGUGCUAUCAGGAGGAGUAAUCCAACUACUGAUGUGGUCGAGUUAGUGUCAGACAUACAACAUGAAUAUGCCGCAAAACUCGAGCAGUCCCAAGAACGGGCCAGACAACUUCGAGCUGACCUAGCUGUAGAGGAACACCGGGGCAUGGAGCUUAGUAGGAUCUUGAAGGAAGUGCUUCCAGAUGCUAAGGCUCCUAGCACAAAGAAAUCUCGUCCACGAAGAAAAUCUAGUAUUGAGAGAAGGAAGAUAUCAAAAUGUCUGACUGACGAUGCCCUUGCCUUUUUCGAUGAGUGUGUCUCGCUAUCAACAUUUGACGGCUCUGACUUCUCAUCAGUCGAAGAUCCGCCACUCAAAUGUGUGGGCACCGUCGAUGUAGAUGGAGUAUCUUUUCCGCAUGCAAAUUCAACCAUUCCAGCCACCAAUCCACCUAGUAUUUAUCUCCAUGAUACACAGGAAUGUCGAAUCACAUUAGGCCAUGAUCCUUUGGAUUUAACAGCCAGUAACAGCAGCAUGGAACAAACUCAAUACCUCUUCCAUCCAAACAGUACCGAUAAUGAAUGGAGUCGAAAAUUCCGGUUUUCCUUUUCUGCCGAGCCACGUCCGAUAUGCGAGCUCCAACAAGACAUUAAAAAGUAUGUCAAAGGUUUCGAGAAAGACACCAGGAAGAUCAACAUUGAUUCGAAGAUCAUACGAAGAAAUAGAUAUGAUAUGGACGAUUAUAAUUUGCAGGCGUCGCAACAAAGCUUGUUUGAUCAUGUGUUCCUAAAAAACAGGUUAGAUUCUGGAAGUUUGCUUAUAUGCAACGGCGGAUGUUUUUCUUCAUUUUUGCCUUUUGCUUCUUUAAUCUAAAUUUUAUUUUAUUAUAAACAUAA